AUGGUGCGGUUUGUGACGUCAUCUGACUUCUGCCUUGGGGUUCUGACAAGGAGGAGCGGUUGCUAUCGGGUGCGAACUUCCGAACCUGAAGGCACGGUGACCAGAUAUGAUGCUCCCUCACUGCUGCCUCGGGGGUCUGAGGCUGGUGAGGACUUUGGUCUGAGGGUUGCAGCCUCAGGUCGGCAUAGGAAAGAGUCCCAGGCCCUGCCAAACACCCAGGUCCAUAGGAGACAGGCCGACCAGGAGGACAGGAACCUUGCCUGUGCGUCCCCGUCGCCCAACUCCAGCCCACACUCCUGUCUUCUGUCCUCAGGGAAAGUUGUGAUGCCUUAUUGUCAGAAGAGUCAGCUCUGCAAGCUUGAGGAUGGCCUUUGGGCCCAAAGAGAGGAACCGUCCCUGGUGGAUGCACAGGUUCCUGGUGAUGAGGAAGACAUGGAGGUCUUCUUCUUCUUCACCACCUCUUCCUCUAACUCCUCUUCAGCCAACUCCUCUGCUUCCACCUCUCCUCUGAUCUCAGGCACCCCGGAGGAGGUGCCUGCGGCUGGAACACCAAGUCCUCCCCCAAGUCCUCAGAAUGUCUCCUUAUCCCCCACUGCCAUUGCCUCCACUCCAUGGAGCCAGUCAAAUGAGGGCCCCAGUAGCCAAGGAGAGGAGGGCCCGAGCACCUCGCAGGACGUGGAAGUCCCUGAGUCCUUGCUCCAGGAUGUACCACGGGAGAAGCUGAGUGAUUUGCUUAAUUUCCUGCUCCUCAAGUAUCGAAUGAAGGAGCCGAUCACAAAGGAAGAAAUGCUGAAUGGUGUCCUCAAAAGUUACGAGGACCAAUUCCCUGCCAUCUUCAGCAGAGUCUCUGAGUGCCUGGAGCUGGUCUAUGACAUUGAAGUGAAGGAAGUGGAUCCUGCCGGCCACGCCUACAGCCUCAGCAUCUGCCUGGGCCUCACCUACGAUGGGAUGCAGAGUGAUGACCAAAGCGUGCCUAAGACCGGCCUCCUGAUCAACAUCCUGGGCUUGAUCUUCAUGGAGGGCAACUGCACCUCCGAGGAGUCCAUGUGGGAAGCACUGAGUGUGCUGGGGGUGUGUCCUGGGAGCGAGCACUCCCUCUAUGGGGAGCCCAGGAAGCUCAUCACUGAAGAUUGGGUGCAGGAAAACUACCUGGAGUACCGGCAGGUGCCCAACAGUGAUCCUGCACGCUAUGAGUUCCUGUGGGGCCCGCGUGCCCACACUGAAACCACCAAGAUGAAAGUCCUGGAGUAUUUGGGCAAGUUCAAUAUUACUGUCCCCGGUUUAUUCCCAUACUUGUAUGAGGAGGCUUUGAGAGAUGAGGAAGAGAGAGCCCAGGCCAGAAUUGCCACCAUAAAUGGCACUUCUGUCACGGCCAGUACCAGUUCUAGGGCCACACGUGAAGCUUCUCUAACCCCAAAUGAAGUCUAA